UUCACAAAACGAAAACAUUCCGUGUUUUGACCAGCCUUCUUCUGUUAUUUUGCGCUCAUACCAAUUGAAAAAUUACGCACACCUAUUUUUUUAUAGUGCUGACAAAUUGCAGUGGUGUUGACGCAAUUUCAAAUUAGCAUAUUAUUGUGAUAUAAUGAAAUCAAGCUCCGUAAAAGCAGGCGAUGAACACAAAUCACAAUCUGAUUUGCAACAGCUGCCACAGCAACAGCAGCUCUAUGUGGAAACAUAUUCGGUGUAUGUGGUCACAUGGAACGUAGGCACCCGUUUCCCAGAUAAUAUUUCGCUACGUUCACUUUUGGGGCUUCAGGGUGUCGAUGAUCAAAAGCAGGAAUCUUUACCUGAUAUUUACGCUAUUGGGUUACAGGAAGUAAACGUGCAGCCACAGCAGCAGAUGUUAGGACUCUUUAAGGAAGACCCAUGGACGCACAAAGUUAAAAAACUACUACGAGACUAUGACUAUGUGGUUAUAAAAUCUGAGCAAAUGCAAGGUUUGCUACUUACUCUGUUGGUACGUCGCAAACAUGUAGAACAUUUGCGAGACAUUGAACCCGAAUUUACACGUACCGGUUUUGGUGGAAUUUGGGGUAACAAGGGUGCAGUGAGCAUCCGGUUCUCUUUAUAUGGGUGUGCCUUGACGUUUGUCGUUUCACACUUGGCAGCUCAUGAUCAUCAUUUAGAUGAGCGUAUUGAGGACUAUGAACAAAUUAUGGAAAAUCACCAUUACCAUGUACCCCACUAUCGAGAAAUUUACGAUCACGACUAUGUCUUUUGGUUUGGUGAUCUCAAUUUCCGUUUAAUGGGUGAUGAUAGUCCUGCUGACGUUUUGGCCGCUGUUAAAAAUGACGAGCAACUCAGUGAACUCAUUCAACGCGACCAAUUGCUUCAUGUGCGAACAAAAUUGCAGAAAGCCUUCCAUUUAAUGCAUGAACGAUUGCCUGCUUUCCCACCGACAUUUAAAUAUCAUGAAGGCACAUCCAAUUAUGAUUUAAAGCGCCGACCUGCAUGGACAGACCGUAUACUAUAUGCAUUACAACCGCUCAAUAAGCGCCCCGAUGAAAGGCUAGCUAUCGAACAAAGAUCAUAUAAAUCACAUCCAGCAUAUAACAUUAGUGAUCAUAAACCAGUGAGUAGCGAGAUCAGUAUUAAACUUUAUCCAAACUAUCGAGCCACUUGCGUAAACUUCAAAGAUAUAGUUGAGUGGAAAAUUGGUGAAGAAAAUACGGUGGAAUAUAUAAAGCCUAAUGAUUUUGAGGAGCGUAACCACGACUGGAUAGGAGUGUUUCGUGAGGGUUUUGCUAGUUUGAACGAAUACAUUGGUUAUGAAUAUGUCAACCAGGCCGAGUCACCACCAUCUUCACCUGAUUCGCCGGUAGAUCCCUUCUUUGAAACACCGGGUAUACAUCGUCCAAGUCGUCACCACCAUCGCAAUCGUGAACGUUUGCGUCGUCAACAAUUGCAGGACGAAGAAGAUAUUCGGCUCGAUUUCUCCGAUGACAUCAACAUGCGCGAUGGUGAACGUUACUUAUUAAUUUACUUCCAAAAUACUGGCAUGCGUGGCAUAACCAGCGUGGCUGGAAUGAGCAACGUUUUCCGUGCUGUUGCUCUUAGAGAAAAUGCAAAUAUUGCUUAACGAAAGUAAAAAUAUUAUAUUAUAUGUUCAACUUAUUUAUUUCUAUUUAUGACUUCUUUUAACACUUAAUAAUUUUAACAACCCGGAUAAAGACAUGUAAAACGUAUAUAUUUUUUUGUUAUGAUAUUGAAGUUAAACUUUAAAUAACGUUGCUAACUCGACAUCACUAAAUUUAGUAUUUUUCUAAACCUAUUGUUGAAAGUAUUAAAUUAAGAAAUAUGCAAAAGGCAUUUAUUCAUUCACUGUUUGUAAACAUUCGUAAGUGAGUGACACUUGUACAUAUGUACAUAUAUAGUCUAACAAGUGUCUGAAAAGUUUUAUAUAAAUUUUACAAAUGUUAAUUUUAACAGUAAAAUGACAAUUACAAUAACGAAUUGUAUAAAAUUCUAGCGAGGUGCUACUGAGAGCAGAGAACGUAAACGCAUAAAAUGAAAUGCAUCAAAUAAAUUUCCGUUCUCUGCUGAGAGUAGAACCGGAUACAUACAUAUGUAUAUUGAAUAAAUAAUCAAUUUAGAUUGACGACGUCAAUUUAAUUUCAGAAGUCGGUGAAGGAAUCUAAAAUAAUAAAGUGGAUAAAUAUUAACACAUUUGUGACAAAACGCAUUUUUCCUGUGCUAACAAUAUCGGAAUGAUAACGAAAUAAGUCCAUUAUUUUCAAACAAAACUUGAUAGACCAGUUUUAUACCAAUAAUUUUUUUAUCGAUUUACCUUUGUUAUGAAAACAUCGGUAAGCAUUUAUUUUGUUUACUUACAUAUGUAUGUGUGUACAUAUAUCUUAUCGGCUAUAAAAUAUUAAAGCUUACUAGUGUUAUACAUGUAUACAUUGUUUACUUAUAUAUUUUGAAUGAUAAAAUAAUGCUAACACUCUUACGCUCGGGCAUAUGAUACAUAUGUACGUAUGUACAUACAUACACAAUAAAGGUCUCCGUGGUAGCAGAAUUUACCUGCACGUACUUAUUAAUAGCCAACCGAGGGUUAAUACUCGGACAAUAUUCUGCCAACAAUUUUGGAAAAUAUUGUAAAAUAUAAUAUAAUAUGUUUUAAAAAUACAAAAAUCUACCAAA